CUUCACUCAGAAUGGAGUGUAAUGGAUGAACAAAAUGUAUCUGCUUCCCACCCCUAUUUGGUGAAGCCACGCCGCCGUAGCCGUUGGAUAUUGUCUGACAACAGCCCAGUAGCCACUCGAAUCUGUGUCUUAGACAUUGUCUGUCUACUUCCGUCGACCAGCACCUGGAUCCCUAUUCCGAGAGGUGACACUCGCAAGAUGCUUGCCGAUAGCGGCCUCAUCAAGAAGCUACAGAUCACGUCAACAUCGACGGAAGACGAGCUGAAGCAUAUGAUCUCGAACCUCUUCAGCGUGUCGUUCAACCUCGCUGAAGAUGAGCUGCUUCCUUUCGACUACUUGCGAACGCAACCGAGUUGUAAGCGUCUGGUGCGUCCGGAAGUUACAGAGGACUGGCACUGGGGUGGACGUGAAGUGGCUAACCUGGCAGGUCAAGGCUGUUUGUAUAUCGUCUCCAAGAUCCCAUUGUCUUUAGAUUCAAAGGCUCCACUGAAAUCAAUAGUGCAGGAGGUGCAGAGACAAGCUGCUGCAGCUGCUGCCGUCGCUGCAACAUCUAUUGUAAGCACGUUGACCACGACAACCAGCAUGACGACAGGAAUCUCACUGUCUGUAGAUGGCCAGACGGCUUCUCUGUCCCAAGUCCACUCUGCUGCCCCACUCUCGGCUACCGCCCAGACACAUGCUCUUGCACCGCUCUCAGACAGCAGAACACGCAUGCGGAUAUGUACAAAGGAGAUCGUUUGCCUCCUGCCAACCUGCAUCACUUCUAUACCAAUCCCAAGAAGGUACACCCGGCGCAUUCUAGCUGAGAAGGGUCUCGUUCAAAAGAUACGUAUCGCCACCUAUUGGACAGAAGAACAAAUUAAAACCGAAAUCUCAUCUCUGUUUCGUAAGCCCUACGGACUUCAACAGGGCGAAAUCCUUCCGUUUGACUAUCUAUGUACAAAGCCAAACUGUAAACGACUGGUCAGAGCUUCAGCAUCCGAUUCCGUCCAGUGGGGUGGUCAAGAGGUCGCUAGGUUGGCUGGCCAGGGGUGUCUAUACAUAGUUUCCAGGAUUCCAUUAUACACAAAUACAAUGCCUCAUAUUGUGUCCAUGUCCAAAUCAUCUUCACCCUCAACAGCUCGUUAUUCGCUAAUUGCAAAUAACUAUUACGGUAAUAAUUAUCACGAAGAUAGCGAUGAUGAUGAUGGUGGUGGUGGUGGUGGUAUCGGUGUCAGUGGUGGUGGUGGUCAUGGUAAUAGUGGUGUCGGUGUUUGCAAUGAUGAUGAUGUUGAUGAUGAUGACAAGGAUUACUUGCAUAUGAAAAUAUAUCCUGUGUUUUAAAAGCACCUCCCCCCACCCCGAAAGAAUUACAGGAAAAAAAGUAAUUUAAAAGCAAAAAAAAAGAAGAAGAAAAAACAUAAAAUAGAAUGAAGCAUGAGGACGAGAAGACUGUCAAUGAUGAUGAUUCUGGUGAUGAUGAUGAUGAUGAUGAUGAUGACUAUGAUGGUUACUGUUGCAAUGGUGAAGACUAUUUACUUAUGAGGUUGUACCCUGGAUUGUUAGACCCAGAAAUAGAUUUGGUGGGUGAGAUUCAAUAAUGUGAUGGUGGUGGUGGUUGGGUGGUGGUGGUGGUGGUGGUGGUGGUGAUGGUGAUGAUGAUGGUGGUGGUGGUGGUGGUGGUGGUGGUGGUGUGAAAUGUAAUUGUUUAUGCAGAGAAUGAUGACGAUGAUGACGAUGACGACAAUGACUGAUGAUAAUCUAAAAGUAUUCUUCAAAGAAAUGUAAGCAUGAAAAUACCACAAAACGCACACACACACACACACACACACACACACACACACACACUUACACGCUCACAAAUAAAACACACGUUAAAUAAUGAGAGUAACACUGCAUGAGCAGCAGCGGUCACUUAGGGACAGUUGACUGUCCCCAGACAUUAAAAUAUGCUUCAACACACGAAUUCACAUAAAGAAUCUUGCAAACCAAAUACAUAAUGAGGGGGUGCACCUCAUGUGUAUGUCAAUAUAUAUGUAUAUAUAUCAUCAUCAUCAUCAUCAUUAUCGAUUAACAUCUGCUUUCCAUGCUAGCAUGGGUUGGACGAUUUGACUGAGGACUGAUGAACCAGAUGGCUACACCAUAUAUAUAUAUAUAUAUAUAUAUAUAUAUAUAUAUA